AUGGUGCCCAUCUGUGCCUUCAUGGAGUGUGCUAAGCCCUCAGCGAGUCCUUCUGGACUUACUUCAGAGGCCGGAAACUACAAGGACUGUUUAAAUCUUUGCGGUUAUGCCGGAAAAACCGCGGAAGGCAGUGGCUCCUAUGGCACAGAAGGGAGAGCUAGAAGUUUCCUCAGAUUUGCAGAUAGCAGUUCUCUAAACACUGAACAAAAGGGCUCCUGGGACUCUGAGAACUUCUGGCUUGAUCCUUCCGCGAAAGGCCAGUUGGAGACCAGUGAAGAGGAGGAUGGACUCCGGAAAUCACUGGACAGAUUCUAUGAAGCAUUUGCCCAUCCACUGCCGGGCUCUGGGGAUCAGCUCUCUGCCCCUGUGUGUCGGUGUCUGUCUCAGGCAAUCUCUGAACUUGAGGGCCAGGAGAGCCAGAAAUACACUCUCCGCAGUUUCCAGAUGGCGCGAGUUAUCUUCAAUCGGGAUGGCUGCUCCAUCUUACAGCGGCAUUCCAGGGAAACGCGCUUCUACCCUCUGGAACAAGGAGCCAACUCUUUGGAGGGCGAAGAGCCCACCCCAGGACUGUCUAGAGAGAUCGUUCAUUUCCUCUUGGAGCAGAACAUAAUGAAAGACUCCUAGCUGGAGCUGGUGUGAAAGCGGGCAGUGCUGGAGGGGAAGUGCUGUAUCUUGGCCCUCAGACUCCAUGAGGGGGUCUCCUGGUAGCUUCCUGUUCCCAGCCGUUAGCUACAAGCUUUGCAGGUAGAGGCUGGCACCAGCGGUCAGGUGAUGGAGCUAGUAAGUCUCUAGGUGUGCCACCCCACCACUCACGUUGGCGAAGGCUGCUACGGACUCAGCUAGGGUUCCUUGCCUUAGUCUGUGUUCCAGACUGUUCUGCUGGGGUCCAGACCAGGGCUGGGGCUUUGGCAGGAAAUCACUUCCUUGCUUGGUUCAUCCCUCCUCCCACCCACCUCCUGGUGUCUCAGGGCCUUUUCUUAAUAAACUUUUAUAUCCGCACCCUUGACUCAGACUACUCCUGGGAGAACCGGCGAGAACCGCCUUCUGGGAGAUGAGUGUUUUGAGGAUAUACAUUUCUGAGCUGAAUCAAGGGUAACAACUAUGCAGAGUUGUCAAUGGGGACCAAUCGAUUGGCCUGAAGCAAUGGAAAGAUUUAAAAACUCUUCCAGCUACCACAUCACAUCCUAAUCAUACCGUUGGCUCCUCACCAAAGCCAGAAUUCCCUGUUCUAUAUUGACGGUGGGGAAGGGACAUUUGGACCAUCUACAAAGCAAAAAUUCACACACGAAGAGGCUUCUUCAGGUCCACUGAUUGCAGUGUGCAAGGUGAGGAGACAGCACUGGACCGUCCACUCGGGAUGUGGGAACACAGGUCUAAUGUGUAAGGGAGGCACUGCGUGACCAUGCCAGUUUGUGCUUAAAGGGAGUAAGGAAUCCUUUGCCCGCCAGCUUUUCCCUCUCCUUGUUACUUUUGCCCUCUGUCCACUUCCAGCAUCCCCUGUCAUCCUCUGAAGGGUUGCCCCUCAUUCCUGCCCUGUUCUCACCCCCAGCACCCUGAGCUCCAGGCAUAUGCUUGCCCUGAGCAGGGCUUUGCUGUCACCUGUGCCUGGCCUCCAGGCAGGUGCACAGCCUGACAGGGAGCUCUUUAAAUAGCUGGUUCAGGCUUGCACUGGCAGAUGCUCCACUCUGCGGGUUGCAUCCUGAGCCCCAGUUUGAGAAUUACGUCAGCCGGCACCAGGAACUCUGAAACAGUAAUUGGAAGCCUCAUAGAGCGCUGCAAGCAAAUUACAUCAGUAGAAAGGCCCAUUCCCCUUGCUUGGAGGAAUAGCAAAAGCUGGUAACCCUGCACAGUUGGAUUUUGUGAAACUUGAGGUGAAGUUUAAUUGGCACGAGACGCCAAAGCUUUUCAGAAAGUGGAUUAUGCAAAUUGGGCAGCCGACAAGUGCACCCUAGAAGUCAGUACACUGCAGAGUGUCUUGACUCUUGUGUGGAAAGAAGCCUAAAAGGAAGCAGGGGUGUGAGCAGGCUUCCAGUUCAGGGAAGGUCUGAGGUGAGACCCUUCCACACGGAAAUGUCGAGGCACAUGUAGAAGGGGUUCCGUAUGGUAGGAAACCACCUUGAGGGGUGCUCACAAAUGGGGCUCCAGCUCUCCCUCUCACGGGCAGUCUUCUGCUGCUUCUUCCUGUUCAACAUCCCAUUCAGUAAUCAUGAAACAGGUGCAAUUUCAAACCUGCAGGUCAGAUGUGAAGGCUGUUGGUCUUAUUGUUUUCACUUGAAGCAUAAUACCAGGAGACACCCGUGAAAAAUGGUGAAAAUAAUCCAACCAAGGGCACGCUCACAGUUCGUCUCCAUGGCUAUCAGUGGAGGGAAUCUGGGUUAUUCUAUGCUUGUUUUUAAAGGACAACAAAAAAGGUAUUUGACUCUUCAGGUUAGGAGGUAGUGGUUUCUAUUUUGAAGGGAGUUUUUAAUAUCAAAGCCUGCCUACGCUUCCCUGAGGUCAUCACUGAAGGGGUUCAGCAGGAGGAAGCCUCUGAUGGUACAGCAUGGGAGAGUAAAAGCCAGGGUUGCCCUGGGGAAGCACAGUGAAUGGUGUGUGUUCACUUAAAUCUGCGUAAGUGUUUGUGACAGGCCAGCACAAGAUACUUGAUUCCCUGGGGUCCUGCCCCUUAACUCAAUCUCUGGGAGGAUAGAGUGGCUUUUUCCAUUUAUCUCUGUGAACCUUUAAUAAAGACUAAGAUAAGACACUGCAGCCCAGGCCUUUGGCAGGAUUGCCUGUUUCAGCACCGAGGGUAAGUUCACAACACCUUAUCAGCUCAUGAACACUGUGAGGGGACUUAGGAUAGCAUCUGUGAUGUUUUCCAGAACCACAGAGCCUUUGUGAGGGUCACUUUGUUCCAGAAACGUCAAAUCCUGAAGAUGAGAACUGCUGGCCAAAUCUGAGGUUCGUGUCCUGGGCUCGGGUCAUUAGCCUGUUUCUCCAGGUGACUCAUGCUCAGGAUUGGAGCCUGGGACCUUGUACUAGCUCAGCCUGCAGUCCUCUAUUGACUUCUACCCGAACCACACUGAUUGCUCUUUGGGAACAUGUGACUGAUCAUAUUAUCAGUAAUUUCAAAGCAGUACAACAGCAGCAGUUCUGUUUAAAUUGGAAAGGGUUUUAAAAAUGCUGUAUUGGAAAAAAAGGAAAGGGUUUUAAACACACACAAAAAAAUGUUGUAUUGGAUUCACAGUUACACACAGAAGUGCAUACAUUCUAUAUGUGGAUGUCAGUAAUUCUCACAGGCUGAACUUAUCUGUGCAACCAGAAUCUUCCUUGAGCUAUAAGACCCAGUGCUGCCCCUACAGGAAGGGUUCCUUCUGCAGAACUGAUGAGAGCAGUGGGCACUGCCCUGUUUUCUCAGGGUGCUGGCAGCACACAAACUGAGCAAACAUGGACAGUGUGUUUCAUUGCUAACUUGUUCUGUUCAACAUGCUAGGAAAAUAUGAGUAAUGCAUGUAAUCCAUGGUUUUAGAUGACAGUGUUCAUCUAAAUAUAAGUUUAAUAUAAGUUUAAAAUGUAAAGGGCUAAUUUAAUAAAAUUUAAUCAUAGAGUAGGUGACACCAGAUGCUCAAAAGUUAGAACUAUGGUGUGCCCCCAAAUCGCUGAAGUCCAAGAUACAGUAGAAUAGAUUAUUCUCGGGGCUUGUGGGUAACUAUAGGGGGGACUAGUGCAAACACAUCCAUGUUCAAAGCUACCUUUGCCUCUCUUUGCCACAGUGCAAGUUAUUUAAAAAAGAAGAGCAUUCAUGAAUGAUCAGGCAAUAUAAAAGACUAGUGAUAUCAAAAUAGGAAAAUAGUUUCUGUCUAGUAAUUGAAGCAGUACCAAUAUAAAAAUGGAUACAUCAAAGGAAAGGGUUAAGUCCAUAAAGCAGUGUGGUAGUUUGAAAGAAAAUGGCCCCCAUAGGGAGUGGCAUUAUUAGGAGGUGAGGCCUUAUUGGACGAAGUGUGUCACUGUGGAGGUGAACUUUGAGGUCUCAUGUAUGCCCAAGCCACAUCCAGUGAGUCAGCCCAUUUCCUGUUUCCUUCUGAUCAAGAUAUAGCCAGCACCAUAUCUGCCUGCAAGCCACCGUGCUCCCCACCAUGAUGAUAAUGCACUGGACCUCUGAACUGUAAACUGCCACUUCAGUUAAAUGCUUUUCUUUGUAAAGUUGCUGUGGUCGUGGUGUCUCUUCACACAAUAGAAACCCUAACUAAGACAAGCAGAUAUGCAACUUGGUUACCUAAUGAAGGUGGCAUUUCAAAUUAGGCAUGGCUGGGGAUGUCGCUUGGUGUAGACCUAUGUAACAUGCAUGUGGUCCUAGGUUCAUCACCAACACAGGAAGAAGAAAAGAAAAUGUAAGACAAAGACAGCUGCCAGCCAUGGUUCUGGAAUGACAGACUCUCAGCUUUGGGAGAGGGAGAGUCAAAAUAGAAAGCUGGGUUCCCCGUCUCAUUUCUUAUAUUCAAAUGUCUUCUACUUGGGUUUUAGGGUAAAAAAAAUUAUGUAAUAAAAGUGUAAGAGAGAUAUAUGUUAUAUAUAUAUAUUAUACACACACAGGCAUAUGGGGAGAAAAGGAUGUCUUGGAUUGGGGAAAUCUUUCUAAGAAUUGCUUUAAAAAAGAAAAUCUUUAAAAUUUCAAAGAAAUUUUGAUGAAAUUGUCUGAAAACAUAUACCUUCUGGUCUGGCAAGAAUGAUUCAACAGGUGCUUGCUGCCGAGUGCGGUGAUCUACCUGGGUUUGAUCCCAGGACCCCAUAGCAGGAGAGGAGAGAGCUGACUCUAGCGAGUUGUCCUCUGACCUCUGAAGUUGUCCUGGUGCAC